CACGCGCUGGUAUUGUUUAUUUGUGCUGUUAACGCGAAUUGGGAUAAAAAUGUUUUGUUUUUUGUUAGUUUUCGGUGUAAACGUGAUUUUUGUGCAUUUAACAACUGGUGAAUUCAGUGCGAAUGUUCCGCCAGACGUUGAAGCUAUGGCAGCCGCUGCUCUAAGCGGCAUGGAAAUGGGAUCUGGACCAGGAUCAGAGGGAUACGAAAACGCCGACUACAACGAUGAAAAACCGAAAAAGGCCAUGGAAAGUGCCCGCUCAUUGACCUGCUACUGCGAUGGCAGCUGUCCGGACAAUGUGAUCAAUGGAACCUGCGAGACCAGACCCGGAGGCAGCUGCUUCAGCGCUGUCCAGGAGCUGUACGAUGAGACGACUGGCUUGUAUGAGGAGGAGCGCACAUAUGGAUGCAUGCCACCCGAAGAAAACGGCGGCCUUCUAAUGUGCAAAGUGGCCGGUCCCCAUCUGCAUGGCAAGAACAUUGUCUGCUGCGACAAGGAGGAUUUCUGCAACCGCGACCUGCAUCCCACAUACACACCCAAGUUGACCACUCCGGCGCCAGAUCUGCCCGUGAGCAGCGAGUCCAUGCACACGCUGGCCCUCUUCGCCUCCAUCGUCGUCUGCCUGUCCGUUCUAAUGAUGAUCCUGUGCAGCGUCUGCUUCACGUACAAGCGACGCGAGAAGAUGCGAAAGCAGCCACGUCUCAUCAGCUCCAUGUGCAACUCGCAAUUGUCGCCGCUGUCGCAGCUCGUGGAGCAGAGCUCGGGCUCCGGAUCGGGACUGCCGCUUCUGGUGCAGCGAACCAUUGCAAAGCAGAUCCAGAUGGUGCGACUGGUGGGCAAGGGACGGUAUGGCGAGGUCUGGCUGGCCAAGUGGCGGGAUGAGCGAGUGGCCGUCAAGACGUUCUUCACCACCGAGGAGGCUUCCUGGUUCCGCGAGACUGAGAUCUAUCAGACAGUGCUGAUGCGUCACGAGAACAUCCUCGGCUUCAUUGCAGCCGACAUCAAGGGCAAUGGAAGCUGGACACAGAUGCUAUUGAUUACAGACUACCAUGAGAUGGGCAGCCUGCACGAUUACCUCUUGUCGGUGAUUAAUCCACAGAAGCUACAGCUGCUGGUAUCCCUGGCCUCGGGCUUGGCCCACCUGCACGACGAGAUCUUUGGAACACCAGGCAAACCGGCGAUUGCCCAUCGUGACAUCAAGAGUAAAAAUAUACUGGUGAAGAGGAAUGGUCAGUGUGCCAUUGCUGAUUUCGGACUGGCGGUCAAGUACAAUUCGGAACUGGAUGUGAUCCAUAUUGCACAGAAUCCCCUAGGCACACGGCGUUACAUGGCCCCAGAGGUGCUGAACCAGCAGCUGGAUCCCAAGCAGUUCGAGGAAUUUAAGCGGGCGGACAUGUACUCGGUGGGUCUGGUGCUGUGGGAGAUGGCCCGUCGCUGCUACACACCCAUUUCGACCAAGACGACCACCUGCGAGGAUUACGCCCUGCCCUACCACGAUGUGGUGCCCUCGGAUCCCACGUUCGAGGACAUGCACGCGGUAGUUUGUGUCAAGGGCUUCCGGCCGCCAAUACCAUCGCGCUGGCUGGAGGAUGAUGUACUGGCCACCGUCUCCAAGAUCAUGGCGGAGUGCUGGCAUCCGAAUCCAACCGUCCGCCUGACGGCGUUGCGUGUGAAGAAGACGCUGGGGCGGCUGGAGACGGACUGCCUGAUCGAUGUGCCCAUGAAAUUGUCUAGAGUCCCGCCGUUUUAGGUUUGACCUAAGUUGCAUUUAGUUUUUCUGUUUUCUAUUGAUGAAUGAAUGAAUGAAUGCCUUGUUGUUCCAACCGGAACAUCCUCUAGUUAGGUUCUAAACGUAAGCAGCCUGUACUUGAGCGGAGCAAGGCAGAGAGGAUUAUCCUCGAGAGGUGCCUAUUCUACCGAUUACUUUAAUCGCUGCACUGAUUGUAGGCUAGAGCUUAGGGUUAAAGCUUCGAUAUAAGUUGAGUUUAGGAGCAUGGUAGGCUCCCCUGCAAAAUCUUUGGUUAGAAAAAUGCUUUAACUAUUUGAGAAAUAUAUAGGGAGUAUAUAUAUAUAUAUAUAUUUAUGUAAAUAAGUAAUUGAACUAAAAUCAAUCGGAAUCGAAAUUUAAAUGUAACAUAAAAUAUAGUUUUUGUGCCAGCUUUUGUACGCUUUAUUAACGUUACAAAUUAAGCCCCCUGAGGCCUUAGCCUCCACAUACAACACAUUUAUAUAUUUAUAUACUGUAUAUGCAUAUGUAUUUAUGUGUUAUGUUUGUGCUUAGUGAUUAAGUAACACAGACUUUGCCGACUUGUGUGUGUGCAAGUGAAUGCUGCCUUUUGUAAAAUCCAUGGAAUUAGUUGCCUUAAGACACGAGUGUAAAGACAGGAGAAUACCAGACAGAAGGAUACCAGCCUGACCCAACCUUCCUUUUCUAUAUUAGCAUAUAUUUUGCGUACUAGAGAUAUACAAUAUGUAGAACCUGAAGUAGUUCGGUUCCUUUUGUUUUCCUUUCUUUUUUGUUUUCCCUUUUGUAAAUAGCAAAGAUGUUUAUAGGCCGCUAAUCAUACAGAUACAUAUAGUAUAUAUAAAUUAUAUAUUAUCGUUAUAAGCGAUUCUGUAAAUACUAUAUAUGUUAUGUAUCUUUAUCUGUAACCGUAUAUCUUAUCUCUUAUCGUUCUUGUAUCGCGUAACCUUGUUUAAGCUAGAGUUAGACAGUAAUCGCUAGCCCCUAAGAACAACGAUUAACGAGUAAUGUAAGCUAGUUGGAUAUGUAUCUAUAAGGCGAUAUUUCAGUUCAGUUUAGUUUCUUUUCUGUUUCAUUAUUACUG